GGUGCGGCUGCAGGAGCUGCCGUUUCACUGAGGCGCUGGAUACGGAGACCCUCUGCUUCCCACCAGCCUUUUCUCCAACGAGAACCACCCGGGAGGACGAGUUGGCGACUGGCACCUAUCACUGCCACCCUACCUGGCCAUCUGGUGCGUGCUGCUGCUGCUGCUGCCAUGGCAACCGUGGCUCCUCCCAUCACAUUUCUCCUCCUGCUGCUUCAACUGGCUGAUGGCUCAUUCCCCGAGGAGCCCAGUCCCCUAAGCUAUGUCCCCGUGGAGGUGGUGAGAAGAUAUCCAGUUUUUCUGGGCAGAGCUCAUCGUUCCGCCCAGAGACAGGAGCUGCACAUCCAGACCGUCCUCCAAGUCAACCGCACACUCUACAUUGGAGCCAGGGACGACUUGUACAGAGUGGAGCUGGAUAACAUGGCAGGUGACGAGAUGUUCUACAGCAAGAAACGAACAUGGGAGUCCAAUAAGAACGAUAUCCGAGUGUGUCGCAUGAAGGGCAAACACGAGGGCGAAUGUCGUAACUUCAUCAAGGUUCUGCUCAGCCACCAAGACGGUCUGUUUGUGUGUGGAACUAAUGCCUUCAACCCACUGUGUGCCAACUAUACAAGAGACACUCUGGAAAUGGUGGGAGAGACUGUGAGCGGAAUGGCUCGCUGCCCGUAUGAUCCACGACACGCCAACGUGGCUUUAUUCGCAGAUGGAAGCCUCUUCACCGGCACCGUGACAGACUUCCUGGCCAUCGAUGCUGUCAUAUAUCGAAGUCUGGGUGACAGCCCAGCUCUCCGAACCGUCAAGCAUGAUUCCAAGUGGUUCAGAGAGCCGUACUUUGUGAGCGCCAUGGAGUGGGGCCCACACAUUUACUUCUUCUUCAGAGAGAUGGCCAUGGAGUUUCAUCAUCUGGAGAAGGUCAUGGUGUCCCGCGUGGCCCGUGUUUGUAAGGCCGACCUGGGCGGCUCUCAGCGUGUCCUUGAGAAACAGUGGACCACGUUUCUGAAAGCACGUCUCAACUGCUCCAUACCCGGAGACUCGCACUUCUACUUCAACCUGCUGCACGCCACCAGUGAAAUUAUUCACAUGCAGGGACGAGACGUCAUCCUGGGUCUCUUCUCCACUCCACCAAACAGCAUCCCUGGCUCUGCGGUGUGCGUCUUUGACAUGCAGCAGCUCGCUCAUGUCUUUGAGGGACGCUUUAAAGAGCAGAAAUCCCCAGAGUCUAUUUGGACUCCGGUGCCAGACGAAGCUGUGCCCAAACCGAGGCCGGGGGGAUGUGCAGUGCAGGGAUCCAGAUUUAGCUCCUCCACCACGCUGCCAGAUGAGGUUUUGAACUUUGUGAAGACCCAUCCACUGAUGGAUGAGACUGUUCCACUUCUGGGUCACAGACCCUGGGUGGUGAAGACCAUGGGAAGAUACCAGCUGACAGCCAUGGUGGUGGACACCGAAGCCGGUCCCCAUAAGAACCGUACCGUCCUCUUCCUCGGAUCCACCAGGGGAACUAUCCUUAAAUUUCUAAUGGUUCCCAGUGGAGACUCUGCGUCCCACAGCAGUGUGUUUCUGGAGGAGGUGGAGGGAUUUAACCCAGACAAGUGUGGAGAGGACUCCCCUCAGGCCCGUCAGCUUUUAUCUCUGUCUCUGGACCGGACGAGCCACACUCUGCUGCUGGCCUUCCCCGCCUGUCUGGUCCGGGUGCCUACGUCACACUGCCACCUACAUUCUCGCUGCAUGAAAAGCUGCCUGGCCUCCAGGGAUCCAUACUGUGGUUGGACCAGAGGCAGCACCUGCUCCUUCUUGAGACCGGGAACAAGACUGCCUUUUCAACAAGAUGUGGAAUUUGGAAACACCACCUCCCAUCUAGGAGACUGUGACGGAAUUCUGCAGCAGAGCUUGCUGAUAGAACCCGAGAGCCUUGUUUCCCUCAACCUUCUGGUGGCAUCUGCGGUUUCUGCAUUCACCAUCGGGGCGGCGCUCUCCGGCCUUGCCGUUUGUUGGAUCAUGGCCCACAAACCAGCCAACCGUCGCAGCACCUCCCAGACCUCCAUCCAGCGACGUGAACGAGGCCUGCUGAGCAGCGGCGGGAUGGGAGGCUCGGUGCUGAGUGUGACAAGACAGGGUGGAGGAGAGCGCUCCUGCACUCAGGGUGGAGAAACCCUCUUUGUCAUGCCUAAUGGGUGGGUGAAGUCCGGGGAGCUGGACCCAGGUUUCCUCCCCACACCUGAGCACACACCUCAACAGAAGCGUAGAGGCCUGCGACUGUCCGACUCCAACUCUGGAGGGUGGGACACCAGUCAGACGUACCUGGGUGGAGGGUCUGUAGGGCUGGGCUCCCCCUGUCGUAUGCCCCCCUCUGUCUACCUGACCACCAGACUGUUCCAGCAGGGCGGAGGCGGGAGACACGGAGGUGAAUGUCGAGGUAACGACACACCACGCCAGCAGUACGUCUGCCUCAGCAAACAGGAGAAAGGAAUGAAGGGGACGCCCAAGGCCCCGCUUAGAAAGUCUGCGGGAGAGUAUGUGUACCCCAUGACUCCCCAAGACUCCCCCGAGCGACGGAGGGUGGUCUCGGCCCCCAGCGCCCCGGUGGAGUACGGCGACCCGCUGCCUCUGCGCUGGCCGGCCCAGGAAGGCUACAUCCUAAGCAGCCACGGCAUGGUCCCGGUCUCUCUGCCUCCUCCGUCCAUGCCUGCCCCCAGUGGCCAGGCUUACGUCCCGCAGCAACAUACUCCGGCGCUGAGCCGGGCCCUGUUGAGGGGGGCCCUGGAGCGAGGGGAGCUGGGCGAGCUGGUGGACCUCAGCCACCUGAUGAGUAAGAAGAACUGUGGUGACAGGACUCAGUUGGGCCAGUGACUGUUGGACUGAGGACGACUUACACAUCCACACACAAAGUGUUAUUGACACAGAACUUCUUCAUCUCAAUCUUUCUGCCAUCUGCCAUUCAGCCCACCCAAUCUCAUCCCUCCGUCUCACACACUCUCCUCACCCCUGAAUGAGUCUCUCCCUGUGACUGGCUGCUGGCUCUGCCACUCAUAUCCCGGCUCACACUAAUUGGUCCGAUGGUCUGAGGUUGUUGCUGUGUCUGCAUUGCAGAGUUGCCUCACUCCUGCUGCACGGCAGCAGCAGCAGCAGCAGCAGGGAGGGAAGAGGACGGAGGGGGGGGGGG